AUGCCGGGAGUGCGGGUAUACGUGGGCCGGUUGCCGGCGGACGCGACCAAGACGGACCUGCAGGACCGCUUCCAACGUGUGCUUCCGCCAAACGUGAGCGUGAUCACGGUCGACCGCAUGAGCAACUCGAACGCGUCGGAUUUCGCGUACUUGGAGCUUCAAUCCAAGACGCAGAAUGCCGCCGACGAGGCCGCGGCGGUUCAAGCCGUUGUUCAGGCGUACCAUAACACGAAAUGGAAAGGAAAACGCCUUCGAGUUGAAGCCGCGCACCCUGACUACUUGCAACGACUCGCGAUUGAAUGGGAAGCUGCUGCUACCGCCAAAGAGGCGGCCGCUGCACGAGCACGCGAAGCCGCCAUGCCACGGGAUACACAAUUGAACCUCAAACCAUCCAAGCGGUUCAAGGGUUCCAAGGUCGCCUUCGAUAACGACGGAAACGCGACUGUCGUCGUCGAGGCGAAGAAGGCAUCGAAACCUACCAAGGCAACAACUUCCCCUGCACAUUGCCAACGUUCGGUUGAUUCAGAGUCGGAGGGCGACGCGGACGACAGUUCCGUCACGUCGGGCCUCGCUCCACCGUCACGUGUCGCCGUGCGAUCGACAUGGGCAGCAGAGCUGAGCUCGGAAAGCAGCGACGAGCACGAACGGGAUGAUGACGGCGAACCGUCCAUGGCGGCCGCACUGCCUGCCGAAACGCAGCAAGUGCUGGACGACUUGAGCUCCGAAAGCAGCGACGACGAAGCGGAACUCGACGCCACGGCGGGCUCAACCGCACUGGAUGGAGAUGCGCGUAUUCCUGUGUCUGGGAGCAGUGACCAAGACAGUAUGUGUGGCGGCAGCGACGUCGACCGCUCAAGCGUGCCAAAGCCAGAGUCACCUGCGAGCCACCAACUCGGUGCUUCCACCGUGCGCGACGACACAGCCAGCCCGACGAGCUCCAGUUCGAGCGACGAUGCGCCGGCACCCGCUCGUGCCAAAGGCGCCCCCCUCCUAACGGACGAAGAGCGCCAUGCCCAAGCCAACAGGCGCCGUCUGGCCGCGUUGGCAGAGAAAGAGGCGGCGCGAAACGCGAGCGGUCCACCAAACGCUGUGGUUGUGUCUAGCACCGUGACCAAGUCGAAGAUUACGUUUGACAGCGAUGGGGAGGCGGAGGCACAAGUCGUGCCGGUCGGUUUUGGCGAUAGCAUGGCAUCGUCCAAGAAGAAGAAGGCUCUGUUUGACGAUUCAGACGACGACGAUGACGUGUUUGGAAGGCCCAACAGCGCCGCCAUCGUGGCAUUUCGACCCGAGUUUGCCGGCCCCGACGGCAAAAAGCUGUUCGAUUUGCAAAAGCGCUUUGGAGGCGACGAUCGAUUUCGCCUGGAUGCGCGGUUCAUGGACGAGUUUGACGGCGACGACGGCGUGCCAUCGGACACCACAACAAAAGCCGUCGUAGACGAUUCGAUUCAAGCCUGGCGCGUCGUCGACGCCGCCGACGUUGCGGCUCGGCAAGAAGAAGAAAAGGCCGAGCAGAUUCGGGCGCUGGAGAUGCUCCAAGACCUUUUUCCAGACAUGAAGAUCGACAAGGGCAAGUGGACCAUGAACCAAGCACCGGAUCAAAAGCAGCUCGGUUGGUUGGCAUCCAUGCGUCGAUACGAUCCACGAGACACUGCCAAUGCGAAAACGAUGGAAGCGGCACCGACGGAAUCCGUGACUGACAGGACAACAACAUCUCUUCAACCAGACAGCAGCGACGACAGCGACGCCGACGGAGUCCCCAACCGAGUCGACACCCCUCUACCGCCUGCAUCGACCGAGAGGUAUUUCGCCGCGACGUCGGCGCUCUCGACGAUGUUUUCGCGCGUGCGCGCCAAUUCGGAAGACGGCGAAGAAAUGGAAGCUGCGCUGGAUGGGCUUGGCGGCAAGCACUUGGAUUCGGCGGCCACGGCACCAUCCGUGUUUAGUUUUGCCAGCAUGUUUGACGCUCCGGUUGAAAACGAGGUACAGGACUGGUCGGCGGCCCCGGCGCCGUCGGAGGACGCCGACGACAGCCAUCGCACAUGGCACUUUAUGGACGCGAUACACAAAGCCGACGACAAAGACGACGGCAGCACCGAUGGGGACAAUGACGUCGACGAUGCUGCCGAGGUGGCGUCGACCAAUGUCGAGCGCAAACGGCCCGUCGCCGAGCUUCUGUCGUUCGGCGCGACCUUCUUCAAGCCAGAAGUGUGGACAGCAGACCAUGAGGCCGCAUGGGUCGCCAUGCGCAAAACGUACACGGUGGAUUUUCGCCGGAAGCACAAGCAGGCCCUUAAAAACAGAAAACAGGCCAAGAAAACAGCAGCGUCGGUCCAUGCGAAAAAGAAAUAA